UGUUGCCAGCAGAUGGCAGCAAAUAGUGACACAUGUGACAUUACACAAGGUAUUUACCGAACACACAACUCCAGUUCCGUAAGUGCCCGUGACUCGUCAGUUCUUCCAAUUUAUUCGAACCGAGGAGCUUCCACUGUAAUUCAGAGGAAGAUUACAUCAUUUCAAUCAUGAAGUCAGUUGUCAGCAUUUCUUCCUCAGUUAGGGCUGUGUGUCAGUAUUCUCCCAACUAUUUCAUGACUAGUAGUCGGGGAUUAAUACGUCACUCAAAUUCAUCUGGAAGAAUAUUGAAAUCGGACGUUUCUUGUAAAACCAGAAUGGCACAACCAUGUGUAAAAAGUACUUUAGGCUGCUUCCAUAACACACGUGAGAUGGGGGCGGUGGCGCAACAGUUAAGUAACCUCCCAUUUGCAGAAGAGAAAGACUACGAAUUAAGGGUUCACCUGGAGAAAGACCUUUUGCCCAAAACAGCUGGACAGCCUUCCAUUGACACCCAAUUAGGAACCAGUGCUUCACCAACAAAACUAGGGCACUUAAAAGUGGUGCCACUUUCUGUCAAAUCCCUUUUUGAGGUUGAGGUUUUACCUGAGUUGUUAACACGUUUGAAAGAAGCUCCCAGCAAUGAGAAAACUGAGGGUCUGGCAACUUUACUGGGAGUAUGUGUUGAGUUUGGUGUGGACUAUCAAAGUUCAAUUGUCUCCAGAUUGAAAGAGGAGUGGAGGACACACCUCUCCAAAACAGACAUUGGGGUCAUUCACCUGUGCCAUCUUGGAGAAGUAGCCUAUAAUCUGGAGGGGAAGAGGUCAGAGAUUGUCGAGCAGGUUCUCGACUACGUGAGCAUCAGCAUUGAUGAGGCUGAGGCUCUCACCCAAAAGGAAACCGCUCGUGUGUACUCCUUCCUUGCACUACUCGAGGACCCACACCGUUGCCAAGAUCUCAUGUCAAGACUGCACAGACACACAGAGAAAUUGAUACACAGACUACAAGCCAUCAACAUCAGUGACAUCUUCCACUCCCUGGUGGCAUUACAACAGAGGCAGGCCAUUGCACUGAUUGUGAAGCUGAGCAGACGGGCCUCUAGGGUAUUCAGAUUGUUCCGAGAUGAAGAGCUCAUCAAAGUUCUAGGUGCCUUAAUGCAUUUCGGUCAGCAUGAUAAAGACUUCAUAACAGCCAUGGAAAAGCACCUGCCAGGCAAAAUAGUAGACGCAGACCCCGAACUCACAAGCGUGGUGAUGGAGUUUUGCCUUCAGAUGAGGUGUCGCUCAGAGCCCAUAUUCGAAGCUGUGGCUGAGAGCUUUAUUUGCAACUCAGAGAAGUAUACCACCACCCAGAUAGCCCGGCAGAUCAUUGCCAUGGGGAGACUGAACUACCUGCCCCAGUGCUCCAGUCAGAUGUUUAAAAAGCUGGAGAGUGUCCUGUCCUCUCGCUUCUCCCAGUUCCAGCCCAGGGCUCUGAUUGAGGUGCUCCACUCCUGUAUUCACCUGGAGAGAUUUCCACUCAACUUUGUGUCCAAAGUCUUCAGCCCCUACUUCCUACAGAGGUUGCAAGCACAAGGGGAGCCCCUGGACAAGCAUGCCUUAGGCCAGCUAACCCAACUCAACCUCUCUAUCUCACUAGAGUGCACCUACUACCGGGGCCCGAGAUUACCUUACCAUCUCCAUGUGAAGAAGUUUUCCUCCGUGGACCACUCCUUUGAGAGCCCUGUAGAGAGCUACCUGUACAACCAGGUGAAGGGCCCUCUUAACAAGCUGCUAGAGGGAAAGACCUACUACUCUACCAGGGUCUUCACACAGCCUGGAUACACCAUAGACGUGGAGAUCUGUCUGGAUGAGGAGGGGUUUGUCCUGCCUCUCUCACAGUGGGACAACACUCAUAGGAGGAUUGCCUUGUGCCUGGAUGCUCAGGACCGCUUCUGCAGCAACACCCAUCACCUUCUGGGAAAGGAGGCCACAAAGAGACGCCACCUCUGCAGAAUGGGCUACGAAGUGGUUCAGAUCCCUUACUUUGAAUUUGAGAAAUUGAGAACACAAGAGCAACGGGUACAAUACCUUCAUAAGAAGAUAUUCCCCACAUUCUUCAGGUUUUACCGGUGACUUCUCAGAUAGGAUAGGAGGACGUUGUGUGACAUCACAUCCAAGCUCUGUGACCUCUGACCUGACAUGGCCUUCAACAAGAUGAACUAGGAUGUUUCUUAAACUGUCUACUAAUCAUCACAGAAAACAUUGGAUUGGAUUAGGCAUGAACCUUCCAUUUAUAAAGUCUUCAUAAUACUAUUGUUAUGACAGUGUUGGGCUUAUGACAGAGUGGUCUAGAAAAGUGUUAAGUCAUUGCACAUAAUGUAUAUAUGUGAUGGCAUUUUUCACAAAAUAUGGCUAUGGUAGGUAAUAGGUAAACUAUAAACUGCAUGCUUCCAUAUAGGAGCUUUCUGUAGUUUGUUAGUUAUACACUGACUCUAUAUUCAUAAAUAAAUCAGGUUUGUGUUUCCAUGUAAGCUUGAAGGUAUAUUUUGUACAAUGUACUGUAUAUUCAUUUACAUUUUAGUCAUUUAGCAGACGCUCUUAUCCAGAGCGACUUACAGUAGUGAAUGCAUACAUUUCAUUUUCAUUUCAUACAAUUUUUUUUUUCUUCUUUUUGUACUUGGCCCCCCGUGGGAAUCGAACCCACAACCCUGGCGUUGCAAACACCAUGCUCUACCAACUGAGCUACGGGGAAGGCUAUUCCAAUACAGAUGAUUCUAUAUUGCAAAAUAAAAUGUGUAAAACCAGUUUUCAAACUACUAUGGGGGAAACUCAAAGUUCCAUCGCUGUUAUGUGUUUUUGUAAACAAUAAACAUGAUUUGUAUAAAG